AUGACGCCCUUCAAGCAUGUUGAUCCCCUGGUGGGAUCUGCAGCUGGCGCUUUGUUCUUUACGACUCUGUCACAAUAUUUCGCCCCGAGAAGAUUGGAGCUGUGCUCCGAGAUAGUCUGUUGGGCUAUUCUUCCUUUUGUUUUUAAAUAUUCUCCAUCUUCCAGUUCGCGUGCAGAGCCUUCAUUGGGAUUGUUGAAGGAAGCUAAAAAGCCACAUCAGUCGUUCAUAUCGCAAUGGCUUGUCGCUUUGGGUGUCACGGCAGCUGCGUUCUAUAGGGCUGAGAGUAACGCGAUUGGCCUUUAUCCCCUCUUGACGCCCUUGUUACUCGCAGUACACACAUACCUUGUCUCCAGCACAUCAUAUUUCGACCCAAAAUCACCAUCGUCUUUCAUCAACACAACCUUGGGAUCGGCCUUAGCGGCGAUCCCUGCUGUCUUAUCUUUAUCGAAUGGCGAUCUCUUCGGUUUUGGGUCUCUCAUCUCUCUCAUUCUAGUUGUCUCUCUACUCGUCAUUUACAGCCUUCUAACACCGGGCUUCAAACUGCGAAUCUCUUCCAUCGACAUCGAAGCCUGCAUCGAAGACUUCUCGUUUCGGAUCGUUGGUCUACUUUUCAUUGCUAUUGCUGCUCAGAUUCUCAUCCUCGGACCACCGACUAGUGAUAUCACGACUGUCUUGAUGUCGGGUUCGUUCAAGGCCGCCUCGUGGUUCUUCAUCAUUCAGGCCGCAAACCAAACAUCUUGGUCUAUGGCACCUACUGUUGGAACGUUUGCUCUCGCUUCCGCCAGGAAUCCCUUCUCACAAUCAUCGAAGCUGCAAGCCAUUUCUCAUAUUCUUGUGUCCGCCCUCACUCUCUUCCAGGCGACUCAACUACUCCCAAAGCAGGCCAAAGGCAGAGCAGCACUUUGGCUCUUCCUAUCAACGUCCAUUCUUCCUUUUAUUUAUAACGAGUACAUGAUCCACCAGGCCCAAAGCGCAGCGCUUGAAGCUUUCAGCGAUAAUCAUCCACAUCCCGUCGAAGUGCUUUCCCUUCAAGCGACCCAAAAUUUCGAGAGUUUGUUAAGGAACCAGUCAAAAACCUAUGAAGCUGCCGUCAACGAAUACAAGCGUCGAUAUGCGAUCGAUCCACCACCAGGUUUCGACGGUUGGUUCAGGUUCGCGCAAGCACAUCAGUCACCGAUCAUCGACGACUUUGACAUAAUUCACAACUCAAUAUCGCCGUUUCUGAAAAUAGGUGGCCAAGAUGUCCUCGAUAGAAUGGUCAGAUUACACACAACACCAGGUAAUGAAGUUUGGAUGUGUGACUUUCACGGGAAAGCCGCUAAAACAAUAUGUCGACACCCGAAUCGUCGCUACGACAGACACUACAGUCUUCUCUUUGAUAGGCUUCUGGGAAACCUUCUUGGAGAACUUCCCAAUGUCAAGUUUCUCAUCAACCAUUUUGACGAACCCCGAGUUAUGCUUCAAUCUCGGAAUGCCGACGAGGAAUUUGGUCUCACUGAUAUGUCGCGGCAGUCAACGUGGGAGACUUUGACGAGGUCCUGUCCGGUAUCUCAACCUGUGGUUCGGGACCCUCAGAGCGAGAUCAGGACCUACGGUUUACCUUUCGUUAAGAAUCAGAUGUCAGAGUCAGAUCUGUGUCGACAUCACGAGUACAAAGACUUACAGGGCAACUUUGUUAGUCCGAAAACAUUCCAUCUCAUUGAGGGCAUGGUGCCAGUGUUGUCGACUGGUGCAUUCUCUACAAUGGGCGAUAUCAUAUUCCCGAGCCCAGCCUACAUCGAAGAUGAGUUUCAGUAUGACGAGACUCGCGAUCUGGCGUGGGCGGAGAAGAAGAACAAUGUGUACUGGCGAGGUUCAACGACUGGAGGAUAUGCGCAAGACGGUCGAUGGAGAGAUUACCAACGACAGCGAUUCGUGACACUGGCGCAAAAUCUUGGACAGCAGCACCACUCAUAUCUACAAAGACAAGAUGAUUCGAUCAGCGCUGUCAAAUCAAGCUUCCUAAACGGACGACUUUUCGACGUCGGCUUCACAAGAAUCUUCCAAUGCGACAGGAAAUUCUGCCGAGACCAAAGCACAUAUUUCGACGUCAAGUCCUGGGCCGACAAAGACACAGCCCUCGGCUCAAAAUUAGCCUUCGACCUCGACGGCAACGGAAUCAGCGGACGAUACUACAAGCUAUUAUCUUCAAAGUCAUUACCGCUGAAACAGACUAUUCUUCGGGAGUGGCAUGAUGAGAGGUUGAUGCCUUGGGUGCAUUAUAUCCCACUCAGUCAAAGCUUGGAAGAACUUCCGGAGUUGGUGACUUUUUUGACGUCAACGGAACGAGGACAAAGAUUGGCGGAGGGUAUUGCGAAUCAGGGAAGAGAGUGGAUGGGGAAGGCUGUGAGGGAAGUCGAUAUGGCGGUUUAUGCUUAUCGGUUGUUGUUGGAACUCGCUAGACUGCAGGAUCCGGAGCGAAAAGCAACGCAAAGCGAAUGA